CUCUGUAAUCGUCUAGUAGCUGAUUCAACGCGCGGCUUACUAUUUCACCUUCCCAUCAUCACGGACUCAUUAUUCGGUCCGCUCCUGACGAAUCAAACACGUGCUCUCUAUAGCUUUAGUCUUUCGCCAUGGCAGAGGACCAAGCCAUAAAACACUUUCAAGAGCUAGUCUCCUCUGACCUGACCACCGUAGACCCAACGUCUAUUCAAAUCCGUGCCAAUGCUCUAGUAGCUCGUCUCAAAGCCCUCAAUAGAAAUGCAAAUGCUGCAACAAGAGCAUGCAAGCAAGCAACAACAGAGGCCCGCCAUGACAUGGAUCAGACACAUCUUGGCCUCCAGAAUCUGCUUUAUGAAAAGCGUCAUCUAGAGAGGGAGAUCGACAAAUGCAGGCAAUUCGCUUCCAUUUACCAGGACGUACCCUUGUACUCCCUGUCAGAGUUCAAAACUCUAGCACCACCUGAAGCGCGCUCAGAUGAUGUGCUGCAGAAUGUUCAUCAGCUAAUGCUCAAUCGCCUAAGCUUCGAACUUGUCGAAAGGCAGAGACUCGAUCAAAAAAGAAAAGAACUCACAGCACAGAAGGAAGAACUCCUUAAGCAUAGUAAGCUUAAGCUCGCAACCGUGGAAAGUGUCAAAACACAAAUAGAAUCACUCAUGAAGGCCGCCGCAGACAUACAGAAGAGAGUCGAUGAACUCGUACCGGCGCUCCCACCAUCUACAGCAACGACUCCCGCUCCUACUUGAAUAUUGCUUGCCGAAUCCACUCCCGAGUUACCGAAUACCUCUCAUCAGUCCCGCGGUUGUCUAAGCAAAAUACAUUAUGACACACAGUGAAGUUGGCACUACACAAUCCCUAAUUAUACAACACGGCAAAAGGGAUGAGAUGUUUCCAACCAUUGUCCAGAGGUGAUAGGGAUAGAGGUCAUCAAAUAUCAAAAAGA